CAUAAUUUACUUUUGCCAAAAAAUACAGACCUAGACCAAAGGUCUAGCAAUGGCGUCAGGACACAUGGAAGCUCUGGUUGGGUAUCCGGGCAAGCUCACCCUUAGGGUGGUCCUAACAUGUGUCAUGGCAGCCACUGGUGGAUUAAUUUUUGGUUAUGAUCAUGGGGUUUCAGGUGGAGUUACCUCCAUGGAUUCUUUCUUGAAGGAAUUCUUUCCUUCUGUCUAUGAACAAGAGUCUACCAUGAAAGCUUCAACAGAUAGUUACUGCAAAUUCAACAGUCAGAUAUUGACUUUAUUCACUUCAUCUUUGUAUCUAACUGCUCUUGUGGCUGGUCUAGUGGCAUCCAGCAUAACACGAUUGAUGGGGAGGCGUGCAACUAUGAUUAUAGGUGGCAUAUUCUUUGUGUUAGGUGCAUUACUCAAUGGAUUAGCUACAGGUUUAUGGAUGCUUAUUGUUGGGAGAAUGUUGCUUGGUUUUGGUAUUGGAUGUGCCAAUCAGUCGGUACCAAUCUAUGUCUCAGAGAUGGCCCCUUAUAAGUACAGAGGAGGUCUCAACAUAUGCUUCCAAUUAUCAAUCACCAUAGGCAUCUUCAUAGCCAAUCUCUUCAACUACUACUUUGCCCAUAUACUUGAUGGCCAAGGAUGGCGCUUAAGUUUAGGGCUUGGGGCAGUCCCUGCUGUCAUUUUUGUUGUAGGCUCAAUUUGUCUUCCUGACUCGCCGAACUCCCUCGUUGAGCGUGACCGUCUUGAGGAAGCAAGGAAAGAACUCCAAAAACUCCGUGGUACCACUGAAGUUGAUGCCGAGUUAAAUGAUAUAGUUGCUGCUAGUGAGGCCUCCAAAAAGGUGGCACACCCUUGGAGAACCUUGAGGGAAAGGAAGUAUAGGCCUCAACUAAUUUUUGCUAUAUGCAUACCCUUCUUCCAGCAAUUCACUGGCCUAAAUGUCAUCACAUUCUAUGCUCCUAUACUAUUCAGAUCAAUUGGCUUUGGAAGCACGGCUUCUCUCAUGUCUGCGGUUAUCAUUGGCUCCUUUAAACCAAUUUCAACCCUUAUUUCAAUUCUUGUUGUAGAUAAAUUUGGAAGGCGUAGCCUUUUCCUUGAGGGCGGUGCUCAAAUGUUGAUUUGUCAGAUUACUAUGGCAAUAGCAAUUGCUGUUGCAUUUGGCACUAGUGGGAACCCUGGGACGUUGCCAAAGUGGUAUGCAAGUGUAGUUGUUGGUGUCAUAUGUGUAUAUGUUUCUGGUUAUGCUUGGUCUUGGGGUCCACUUGGAUGGUUGGUACCAAGUGAAAUUUUUCCUCUGGAGAUUCGACCUGCAGCUCAAAGUGUCACUGUUUGUGUCAACAUGAUCAGCACUUUUAUUGUAGCACAAUUCUUCACCACAAUGCUUUGUCACAUGAAGUUUGGCUUGUUCAUCUUCUUUGGUUGUUUUGUGGUGAUAAUGACCAUAUUUAUCUACAAAUUAUUACCUGAAACAAAGGGUAUCCCAAUUGAAGAAAUGACUAUGGUGUGGCAGAAACACCCCAUCUGGAGCAAAUUUUUGGAUUCUAACAAAAGUGUUCAAAUCAGCAACCAAGAUUCCAAAUGUUGAUUCAAUGAGUGUCUCCAAAAUAAAAAAUUUAUUGGCCUACAUUUACAAGUGGAUAAUACAACCUACAUGUGACUAAUUUGAUUUCGUAUAUUCAACCGAUAAUACAUGUAUAUUGCAUGCUUAAAAAA